AUGACUGAGAGGGCCAAGAAGAACAAGAAGGAGAAGGAAACUCCUCUGUUUUCUGCCAAGCAACUGGAAGAAGGACACUCCUUGAAACUGGGCACUGGGAAACUGGCCAACCUAACAAGAGCAUCCGUUUUGGCCAUCAUGGGUGAUUCCGUGGUCUUGACGACCGUUGCAACCGAUGAUGGACAUCGUCAUCAGCAGCAACAGUCAUUUCAGAAUUUUACAGUGGAGUACAAGCAACGGCAUCAUGGAGUAGGGAAAAUCCCCCUGACAAAUUCUAGUCGUCGCGACAAUACACGAUCGACCGUUCUGGAAACAUUGGGAAGUAGGGCCAUUGAUCGAGCCCUGCGGCCAUUAAUUGACAACGACAACACGUCUAGCAUUCAUGUGAAUUCAUCCGUGCAGGGGUUGUCAUCUCAUGGAGGAAAUCCCAUUGUAAUGAGCAUCAAUUCUGCGUCGGCAGCUUUGAUGAGUCAAGGAAUGCUGAAAGAACCCGUGGCGGCAGUGUCCUUGGGUGUUGUUGCAGGCGACGGGCGCCAUCCCAAAGUUCUCGUCAAUCCAGCAUGCAUGGGCGAUUCAAAACGACGAAAAAACGACAACACUCCAUCCCUCGCCUGUGAACUACUCUAUGCGGGAACAAGAACCAAAGCAGUCAUGGCUGAAUUUCAAUAUCAUUGUACUAGCGAUGGCAAAAAUAUGCAAACAUCAAUCCCAGAGCAUGAACUGUCAGAGCUCAUGUCGUUGGCCCAUGCUGCUAUUCAGCCCUUGUUGGAUACUCAGGAGGAAUACAUGCAGAAUAAUGACAAUACGCCUGCACCUGAAACUGCAAUAGAAGAAGUCUUGAGACAAGAGAAUGAAUUGCGGGCUUCGUUGGGGUUGCCCGCCUUGACAGAUACAGCUGCCGAACAAGACGGCAACAUCGAUGGCGAAUCAUCUUCCUCUUCCAAAUUGCAGAAAAUUGCAACCGAACUCUUCCCUGAGGCUUGGGGUGUUUGUGAGAAUCAGUUGGAAACCGUGGCGUUGGCACUUUUUGGGUACAAACACGAACAGAAAAUGGAACCGAAACCAGCCUCGGCACUGACCGAUUAUCAAUCUGCCUACAUUCACCCAAAGGAUAGCCCAGCGGAACUACUGUUGAAGUCCACGAGGGGGAAGCGAGAACAAAUAGUUUACUCUGAAGUUGAGCGAGUGCUUACGGAAUGGGUCGGCACUGAGAGAGUGACGAAGCGACUGGACGAAGAAGCGGUGGAUGACGAGAAAGCACUAGUCUCAAUUCUGGUGACCAAGGUCCACAAAAAGCUGCUCCAAAACGCCCUUUGUACCACCGCGACUAAGUAUGGAACAAGGGCGGAUCAUCGAGUUGGAGGAAUGCCAUCGGACCCGUCCCUUGGCUUCAAAACGAUUCGACCACUUUCUGUUACUGUCCCAGCUCUACCAGACGUGGUCCAUGGAUCGGCCAUUUUCGCGCGAGGAGAAACACAAGUCUUGUGCACCACCACGUUGGGGGCUCCCCAAGAGGGGAUGCCCAUGCGUGAUCCCUUUGAUGCACUCAUUAUGCCAGCAACCAACACAACGUCACUCGAUCUUGCCUCGGAACAGGAAGCGCAGAACGAACAGGGCACUCUCUUCGAAGAUCUCCCCGUGGGAAGUUUGCGAUACCUUCGAACACAGGAAGCACUGGAGUCUGACCUGAACACUCGCAAAAGCAAAGCUGAUCGCGAAAUGACAGGAGAGUCAGGCAAUCUAUGGGAAUAUCGCCGAGCAUUCCUGCAGUACGACUUCCCUUCUUUUAGCACUGGGGAACUACCGUCGGCGGGAAGUUCUCAGCACAAUCGCAGAGCAAUUGGUCAUGGAGCUUUGGCAGAAAAGGCCAUUUUACCAAUUCUACCUGCACCACAAAAUUUUCCAUACGUAAUGAGGAUGACUAGCGAAGUCACUGAUUCCAAUGGAUCUUCCAGCAUGGCUUCGGUAUGUGGGGCUACACUUGCCUUGUUGGAUGCUGGAGUUCCGAUUGUUGCUCCAGUUGCAGGCGUCAGCGUUGGAUUGGCUUUGCCAGACGAAACGGAUGAAGCCAGCAACAAUCAGAGUAGCCAAACUGAAGAUGAACAAACCUAUGAAUUGCUCUUGGACAUCACCGGCACUGAGGAUUACUUUGGUGCAAUGGACUUCAAGAUUGCCGGCACCUUUAGUGGAGUCACUGCCUUUCAGCUAGAUGUAAAAAGACCAAUCCCGAUUUCUGUUUUGCCGGAGGCCUUGGAACUGGCCAGGUCAGGACGCCAAGCCAUUCUGCGAGAAAUGGACUUGCAGUGUAAGGACAGCGUCCUGCAGGGACUGAAACACAGAACUAGCCUGAAAGACACGGCUCCACGGGUUGAGAUCUUGAGGUUUGACCCACAGCGCAAACGCGAUUUGGUUGGUCCUGGCGGUGCCGUGCUUCGUCAGAUCGAGGAUCGCUAUGAAACCAGCUUGGAUCUCACUCAAGACGGGCAAUGUCUUCUGUUUGGCUCAGACAAGGAUUUAGUCGCCAAGGCCAAAUCAGUGGUCGCUGACCUAGUAGCCGACGUUGUGGAGGGGGAGAUAUACGAUGGCACCAUUGUGGAGAUUAAAGACUUUGGUGCCAUUGUUGAGCUACUUCGGAACAAAGAAGGUCUUUUGCAUGUCAGCGAACUUGCUGAAGAUAUAUCUGACCCACAAGGCAACCUGGGGGCAGUGAAGAAGCACUUGAAGGUUGGCGACACUAUAAGGGUUCUUUGCACUGGGGUUGACCCCGUCCAAGGAUCAAUUCGGCUAAGCGUCAAAGCGCUAUGGAAGCUGGAGCGUGAGCAACAGCUGUCGUCAUGA